AUGGGUCGCCCUCAAAAAGACGUGGCGUCAUCGUCACACUCCCUGCAUUCCAUCGAAGACGCGCCUCCUCCGUACUCCGACGAUCCCGAGCCCUUCGAGCCCUUCGAGCCCUCCCAGUCCUCCCAACCCGCCAUCCCACCCCUCCGUCUAAUUGACUCAGCCUACGUUCCCACGGGCGCCAAAGACAUCAGACCAGAUGACAAGGUCGCGCUCACUCUUGCACCGCAGCUGUCUCAGAACAGCGAGCAGCUGUUCGACGCCAUCAGCACCCAGAUAAAACUUCCCCCGCGGCCUCUCCUCUACAUCAAAGGAACGCACACCGAAUCAAGCAAUAAUAAAAAAGACAAGAACAGCAGUACCGUCACAGACUUCGACUUCAGGCUCGAUCUUGCAGAGACCCUGCUGACAGGCUGGGAUGGUGGACGCGCGGCGCUCAACUGGAUGACAGUGGAGGUGCGCGACGACGAGGACCAGAAACCUGCGUAUCGGGGUGGAAUCAUCCGAUCGCGCACAUACAAGGCGCCUAAGAAGGCUGCAAUUCAUCUGUCGGAAGACAGCGAUGCCCUCCUGGGCCAAGAGCGUGGCGACCAGCAAGACCAAGCAGUCGCGGGCAAGAAUCUUCGCCUUUGGUGCGAGCGAUUCUGCAAUGAUCCAGCGCCUGUGAAAUCAUUCACCCUCCGUCGCGAACUGGGCGGAUUCGACUCGAACGCCAUGCGCAAUGUUUUCUCCACCCAUAUUCGCGAACUCAACUACCGCGGCACAGUCAACUACAGCAUGGUCAUUGCACACCACUCCGUAACAAUCUACUCCCCACACUGGAUCAACCGACUACGUGCAAACCGCGCCGUGUGGUGGGCAGUCGUCAUUCUACAACUAUGGAUCAUAGCAUGGCCGAUAAUCUUCUUCAUGGAGAAACGGUACGAGAUAGCCAGUACGCGCUGGCACUCGUCCCUGAUUCCGGAAACCGACUCCGCCGUUGAAAGAUGCUAUGCCCGCGGCCGCAACGAGUCCGCUCUAGCGGAAUACUGGGCUCCGGCUGUGAAGCAGGCAGCAUGGAGUCGGAGACAGGGUGGAUCUGAGGUUCUUACGAGGAUGGAUGCGGAUCGUAUGCAGGGGUAUAGUACCCAGCAGGUGAUUGGUGCUCGGUCUCAGGAUUCGGAGAGUGAGCGCGAGCGACGGGAGCGUGUUAAUAGUGGGCAGGGUGGGUUUGUUGAUGGUCUUGUUGGGUUGGCUAGAGGUAUUGGGGAGGUUAGGCAGGAUUGGAGGAUGUCUAUGGGGUGGGGUGCUAAUAGUUGA